AGUCCAUUUUCUUGAUAACAAAGGGGUAAAAUAAAAAUAUGUGAGAACUGUUAACUGCACUACAAAUUAGAGAGAGAGAGAGAGAGAGAGAGAGAGAGAGAGAGAGAGAGAGAGAGAGAGAGAGAGAGAGAGAGAGAGAGAGAGAGAGAGUGAAAAAGCAAAAAACAAAAAACAAAAGUUGCCUCUUUAAACUAAAACAAAAAGAGAAUUAAAGAAAAAAGAAAAGUGAUGAGUGACAAGAAGUAUAAAGAAAGAAGUGAGGCAUAGUUCUUGUAUUUCUAAAACCUAUUUGCUAGACCUUUCAUUCUCUCUCUCACUCUCUCUCCUUUUGAAACUCAUUCAGUUAGUUCCAUAGUUCUGUGUAAUAGAAAAAAGAGAGUAACGAAACCAGCUUCCUAAGACAAAUAGGGAGGUGUAUAAGGGGGGGUGUAUAUAUCAAGUGAUGCGCUCAGGAGGUUGUGCAUUGCAGCAGACCCUCACAGCAGAGGCUGCUUCAGUUUUGAAGCAUUCUCUUGUGUUGGCUAGAAGGAGAGGCCAUCCACAGGUCACUCCUUUACAUGUAGCCAUCACUUUGCUAACCUUAAGAUUAAGUUCUUUCAAAAGGGCAUGUCUUAAAUCUCAUCAAUCUCACCACCAAACUUCACAACAUCCACUUCAAUCUAGAGCUCUUGAGCUUUGUUUCAAUGUAGCUCUUAACAGGUUACCAACUACACCUUCUCCUUUGAUUCACUCUCAGCCUUCACUUUCCAAUGCUCUCAUUGCUGCAUUGAAAAGAGCACAAGCCCAUCAAAGAAGAGGUUCCAUAGAACAGCAGCAGCAACAACAGCAGCAGCAAACAGUUCUUACUGUGAAAGUUGAGCUUGAACAGCUUAUUAUAUCUAUUCUUGAUGAUCCUAGUGUUAGUAGGGUUAUGAGAGAAGCUGGAUUUUCUAGCACUCUUGUUAAGAACAAUUUAGAAGACUCUUGUUCACCUUCUAAUUCUGUUUUUAAAUGUUAUAAUAGUUCUGGUGGUGGUGUGUUUUCAUCUCCUUGUUCACCUUCUACUAGUGAGAAUCAUAGAGAAACCAUUAACCUUAGCAAUUUCAGACAGAACCAUUUCAUGGCUGCUACUACUGCUAAGUACAAUUCUUCAGAGUUUAACUCAGUUCUGUUUUCUCCACCAAAGAGAACUGAGUUGAUGAAUACAUCAACUGGACUUGGCUUAACCCUUCAUUCUUCUUCCAGUGUUCUUGAUUCAAAGAUGACUAUCUCUCAGAAUCUAUCUCAUCAUAUGAUGGAAACAAAGCCCUUUAGUAGUAAUAAGGAGCAAGAGGAUAAGCUUAUUUGCUGUGAAGAAUGUGCCUCAAAUUAUGAAAAAGAAGCUCAAUUUCUCAAACCUGAACAGAACAAAACAUUGCCUUUCUGGCUUCAGUCUCAUGGCACAGAAGAACAAAAGAAGGAUGGAUUAACUGAGCUGAAAAGAAAAUGGAAUAGACUGUGCCACUGCCUCCAUCAAAACAAACAGCAUCAGAACCACUGGAACUGGAGCAACAAUAACAGUUCAAACCCCAACAACUCAUCAAGUUCCAUAUCUUAUACCUCCAAUCUUACACCUCGAUUCCGUCGCCAACAAUCAUGCAGCACUAUUGAGUUCAAUUUCAAUGAUAAUAGGCAAGCAACAAAGCCAGUCUUUGAUUCCCUUGUAAGCAUGGAAGGUAAAGAAGUAAAGAUCAGUCUUACACUUGGAAAUGGUGAUUCAAGUGAAAAGGUGGGAAAUAUAACUGAUACAAAACUGCAACAAGCUCAUGUUUGUAAACUAUUGCAGGAGAAUGUGCCAUGGCAAUCUGAAACUAUUACUUCAAUAGCAAAGGCCUUAACCGAUACCAAAUCAACGAAACAAAGUGAAACUAUAUUUACAUGGUUUCUUUUACAAGGCAAUGAUUUCAUAGGCAAAAGAAGAUUAACACUUGCUAUUGCAGAAUCAGUUUUUGGUUCAGCUGAUUUGGUCCUUCAAUUGGAUAUGCUAAAAAAGGAAACUUCAAUAGCCCCAUUUUCUGAAAUGCUAUUAGGAGCAUUAAGAACACAUCAACAACUUGUGGUUUUAAUAGAAAAUGUUGAUUUUGCUGAUACCCAAUUCAUGAAAUUUCUCUCUGAUGGAUAUGAAAAGGGAAAGUUUGAAACUUUAAGUAGCAAAGAAGGGAAUUUAGGUCAAGUAAUAUUCAUAUUGACAAAAGGUGGAUCCACAAGCAUUGAAGAGAAGAACAAAAAACCUGUUAUCAAUUUGUUAUGGCAAAUCAGUGAAAUUAAACCUAAUUUCUUGAGCCCCAAGAGAAAAGCUGAAUUGGAUUUGUUUUCCAAAAUCAAGAACCCUAGAAUUGAAGAGAAUGAAAAGGGGUUAUUGAUUUCUGAGCAAGGAAGCAAAAAGACUGGAUUUUUAAGACAAUCAAGCUUUAACAGUAACACUAACACUCUUGAUCUGAACAUGAAAGCUGAUGAAGAAGAAGAAAAUGGUGAAGGUAAAGAAAAAAGGGAAAGUAGCUCAAUUUCAAGUGAUUUAACUAGAGAAGCUAUAGUUAAUCCAUUGAACUCAAAUGGGUUUCUUGAUUCAAUUGAGAACAAGUUUGAGUUUAACACAAAUUCAGAUAAAGACAGAGAAAAGACAGAAUUUUUUCUGUUUAAAAUUAAAGGGUCAUUUGAAGAUGUUUGUGGUAAACAAAAAGUGGUGAAUUUAAGUGUAGAUGAAAAAGUGAUUAAAGAAAUGUGUUUGGGGUGUUGUUGUUUUUUCACUAACAAAAUGUUUGAGAAAUGGCUGAAAGACAUUUUUCAAAGCAGUUUAGAAACAGUUAACUUUGGAGGGAAGGAGGGUAUACAUUUUAGGCUUUGUUUGGGUGAUAGAAAUUGGGAUAGUGGGUUUAUGGGUUCUUCUCUACCUAAGAGUAUUCAAGUUAACUACUUGGUAGAGUAAAGUAAUUUUGGGUACUUAAGGGUUUUCUUGUAAAAUUGUCCACAUGGUGUAAAAUGGGAUAGUUUGUGACUUUGUGUAACUUCUAAAUUUCAUAGUAGUAUGUGUCUGUUUUUAUCCUUAAUUCUCUUGUAACCAUUAUGUUUAUGUUAAUCAAUUUUUGCAGUUUAAUUCUAA